UGGAAGCACAAAAUAUCUUGUUGAAUAUUAUUACCAGACCCACUAAGGUAUGUAGCUCGCUACACCUAUUUAAAUCCUCUGUUUUCUUCCUUCUCUAAGCCAGUACCAUCUCCCUUUAAUUACUUCUCUUCACCAUGGCCAAAAUCCUCCAAAACCUCGCUUCCAGCUUCCUCGUUCUCUCAAUAGUUCUCUCAUUCUUGAUCAUUGCCAAUGCAAAAUCUCAACGUUUCACUAAAUACUUAUCACCCGCAACACUAGGCCUCAAGAAAGAGAAACUAAGCCACCUUCACUUCUAUUUCCAUGACAUAGUUAGUGGAAAAAAUCCCACUGCGGUCCGAAUAGCCCGUGCAGACAUGACAAACACAUCUUCAACAGGAUUUGGAAUGGUGGCGAUGAUUGAUGAUCCCUUGACCAUGACGCCUGAACUCAGCUCCAAGCUUGUAGGAAGAGCACAAGGGUUUUAUGCAUCAGCUUCUCAAAAUGAUGUUGGUUUGUUGAUGACUAUGAAUUUUGUUUUCAUGGAAGGGAAGUUCAAUGGAAGCACUCUCAGUGUUUUGGGACGUAAUAGUGUGUUCUCCACUGUGAGAGAGAUGCCGAUUGUCGGUGGAAGUGGCCUUUUCCGGUUUGCACGGGGCUAUGCUCAGGCCAGUACUCACAUGUUUGAUCGUACAACCGGUGAUGCUGUUGUGGAGUACAAUGUCUAUGUCUUUCAUUAUUAACUGCCUUCUAGCUGCUGAGGAUUCCCUUUUUCUCACUCAGACUUUGCAAGAACUUAGAAAGUGAUUAAUAAAAGAAAACUGCUAUCACCUAGAUGGUCUAGACAGAGAUUUGCUAAUAACUUUUUUUUUUCCCAUAUCACUAGCUAUUGUUUUGGUUUCUUUACAGUUAUUUGAUAUGAAAGUUGAUUUGUAAUUCUUGUCUGAGUGUUUUUCAUGCAUCUCAUGAUAUAUCCUCCUUAAUCCAA